UCCCUCACACUCAGGAGAGGCUCGACCCGGAGAGAAAGUUACAAAACAGUGGCGUGGAUGUGUUGCAGCACAGUUUAUCUCUUAAAACUACUUUAAACGAACGCUUUUUGUUGUUUUAGUCCAACAGCAGAAGAAGAAAGGGACGGCGCGAGCCCGGUGGGCCACCAGAUCCAGGAAGAGGGAUUUAUUUUCCUUCCACAUUCCUGAUGGAGUCCUACAGAGUGACUGGCCUUCCUAACAGUGGACCACAGCGGGCCUACUCCCAGCAGGCUCGAUCUUCAAGGUCCCAAAGUAAUGGAGCUGGUUCAUACGGCCUCAGUAUUCGAGUCCAGGGCAUAGAUGGACACCCAUAUGUAGUUCUGAACAACCAGGACAGGGCAGCUCAGUCCUACGUUGACCCUGACGGCAAUGGAUACGUUGACACAGACGGCUCCUUUAUUGAGAACUACCAGGAGUAUGAUUUCAGAGGAGACAAAGAAGUUGACCCGUUCAUGGAGUACAGGACGCAGAAGGCCAUGCGCUAUGCUGGUCCUCAGAACGGCGUUACUGAACCACAAGGAAAGGAUCCAUCCACACUUCUAAAUUUUCAGAAGCACCCCGAGCUCCUACAGCCGUACGAUCCAGAGACCAAUGCCUUGAACCUUGAAGGUUUCCACAGCCUCCCUUCGAGGCCUCUGCCUCAGCCUGAGACUGGGAACAAAUACCAGAAUUACUCCUCUAAGUCUGCUGUACAGGUCUCCAAAUCUGCUGUACAGGACUCCAAAUCUGCUGUACAGGUCUCCAAAUCUGCUGUACAGGACUCCAAAUCUGCAGUACAGGACUCCAGCCGUGGCAGGUCAUCAAGCUUGGAUCGGAGCAGAGUUCCUGGGCAGCAAGAGAAAAGGCAGCCUUCACCCCUGAGCCGGAGAACAGCUGACACUGAGCCGUCUCCUCCUCAGUCUCAUGUGGCUCAGCCUCAGACAAGGCCACAGUCCCAGCAGGGUCAGCCACAGUUUAAACCUUAUCUCACAAGUUUAAAUCCAACUCAGUCCAAACCGACCUCCAAAACUCAACCCGUGCCUGCGUCCCAGCCUCAGCCUGCCACCGUGUCGAGUACCUCGACUGAGCUGAGCAAGACCCCCACUUCACUGAGCAGCACCAACUCCAGCCUCGAGCGUACCCACCAUGAGCCCGAUGUUCUUCCCCUACAUCGAAGUGACUCCAGUGAGCCAGUUCUCCAGUCCUCCUCCCGCAGCCGCCAUGCCUCCUUGUCAUCCACAAACAGAGCUUCGAUGGAUGAACAAAUGGACGCUCUGUAUGCAGACACCAUAAACCGCCACGAGAAUCGUCGCUACAUUCCCUUCAAGCCCGGAUCAGGCAGAGACAUCGACACGGGUUCCAGUCUCGGUGUUGACGAGCUCAUUGACAAGUUCGAUGGUAAAAAUAGCGGCAGUCAGCGUCGGGGCAGGGCGGGGCGAAGAAACAGGAUUAAUCCAGAUGACAGAAAACGCUCUCGCAGCGUGGACAGUGCGCUUGGCUUGAGAAAAGACUCGAGCUACAUGGACGAGUCCGAUCAAUGUCGAGGCACGUCAAUGGAGCACGUCCUGCUGCCGUCACAGCUGCGCAUGCAGAGAACAGCCGGUGGUCAGAACUCCUGGUCUACGGCUGUAGAUGGUAAAGGAGGGGCUUCUUUUCGUGCCACCAGUGCUCCAGGAUCCCCCCAAAGCAGCAUCUCUAAGAGCAUUGGCUCCCUGCAUGGUCACAGAAAGCCACAAGCCCGCCCCCCUUUACCGUCUUUUCAGAGCAACGAGAGUGAUAAAAUCCCUUCUGCAGCUGUGAAGGUUUCAACAUCGUCACUGUCAACAUCGUUGUCCAAGCCGUCUUCAGCAGCAGACAAAAAGCCCGAUGCUGAGGCAGACGUUCAGGCGACACCAGAUCUCCUGAGAGGUCAGCAGGAGCUUUCACAACAAACACACGAAGAGACCGCUAAACAGAUUCUCUUCAGUUACCUUAAAGACGGAAGCAGCGAUAAUGACGAAACGACGAAGAAAAAGGUCAACCUUGUGUUUGAGAAGAUUCAGACACUGAAGUCUCGAGCCACAGCAAGCGCACAAAGCGACAGCAAAUCAUUGGACCUUGCUGCACAGACCAAAGAACUUCAGGAGCAAAACGCUGAACUAGAACAAGAGAUCGUGGAACUGAAGACACAGCUGGACGAACAAAUAACGAAGAGUCAGGCUGACAGGAGGACAGCAGCAGGUCUGAAGGAGCUGCAGCAGGAGCUGCAGCGCAGCCAGGACGAGUGCAAACGUUUGAAAGACAAACUAACAAAGACCGAGGUCAACCUGCAGACUACAGUGGAGGAGCUUUUCCAGGUAAAGAUGGAGAGAGAGCAGUACCAGACGGAGAUUCGAGACAUGCAGGAUCAGCUGUCAGAGAUGCACGAUGAGCUGGACUCAGCCAAGAGGUCAGCCGCUGAUGAAGAGAAGGACAUCUUGAUGACGGACAUGAUGCAACUCAAGGUGGAGAUGCAAGAAGUUCUCCUGGCUAAGGAGGAACAAGAGGAGUUGCUGAGGAGGCGAGAAAGGGAGCUGGCAGCUCUUAAAGGAGCCUUGAAGGAGGAAGUUUCAUCUCAUGAUCAGGAGGUGGACAAGAUGAAGGAGCAGUACGAGAAGGAAAUUAGCAGACUGCAGACAUCUUUGGAGGACGCCAAGCAGAGCAGCGCAGUGGUGGUUCAACAAAAGGCUGAUGUGGAGGCGGCCAUGGGGGCAGCGGAAGGCCAAGCAGGGCGGCUGACCCAAGAAAUUGAGCGGCUGCGCUGGCAGACGAAUGAGCUGGAAAACGAGGUGACCAAACUCAACCGGAUCAUCGACGAGGCCAAGCUACAGGAGAUCAGGCUGGGAGACAAAGUCGUCCGGCUGGAGAGAGACAAAAAGCAACUGGAAGAGUCUUUGGGUGAAAUUAAGGAGCAAGAAGAGGAGAUGUCACGUGCCAACCGAGCGUUGACUCUCCGGCUGGAGGAUGUGCAGAGGAGCUUUUCCAAACUGAGCAGUCAACACAAGGAGCUGGAGGAGAGAUUACAAGAAGAGAAGACUCAGAAGGAGCAGUUCAAAAACAUGAAGAACAGCAUCGAGGAUGAGAGAAAGCUCCUAGACCGUACAGUGGAAAAACUUCAGAAGGAGAUGAAUGACAUCGUGGAGGCGUCUCAGACGUCCACUCGAGAGCUGCAGGAGCAGAUUAAUAUUUAUAAAGAGAAGAACCGACGGGAGCUGACGGAGCUGCAGAGGCUCCUGAAGGAGCGAGGACAGGAGCUAGAGGAGUUGAUGAAGACCACCAAAACUCUGCAAGGAGAGCUCUCGCUGCGGGAGCAGGACCUGCAGAUGUGUCAGAGGGAGAGAGACGAGGCUCUCCUCAGGGAGAAGACGCUGGAGAAAAAGCUUCAUGAUCUGGAGAUGGAGACGCAGAAAAACAACCAGAACAAGGAUGACAAGUCUCGACAAUUCAAAUUAAUGGAGGCCAGGGUUGCUCAGCUGGAGCUGGACCUGGAGGAAGAACGUCAAACAGGAGACCAGCUGAUGGACAGGGUGGACCGAGGAAGAGAGCAGGUGGAGCAGAUGAGGAAUGAACUUCUGCAGGAGAGAGCUAACAGACAGGACCUGGAGUGUGACAAGAUGGCUUUGGAGAGACAGAAUAAAGAUAUGAAGUCCAGAGUGUCUCAUCUAGAAAGUUCCCAAAAGUCAAAUAAGGAGGGUCAGGUGUCCCAGCUGGAGGCUCGCAUACAGGAGCUGGAGGAGCGUCUGGAGGGGGAGGAACGGGAGCGGGCCAACCUGCAGCUGGCCAACCGCAGGCUGGAGAGGAAAGUUAAGGAGAUGAUGAUGCAAGUUGAAGAAGAACAUAAUGUGAUGCAAGACCAGAAGGACCAAUUGAACCUUCGUCUAAAAGCCUUAAAGAGGCAGGUGGAUGAGGCCGAGGAGGAGAUCGACCGUCUGGAGCACGGCAAGAAGAAGCUGCAGAGAGACCUGGACGAGCAGCUGGAGGCUAACGAGCAGCUCCAGAGCCAGCUCAAAGCUCUGCGCAACGAGCUCCGGCGUAAGAGCUCCUCCGCUCCGCUGCUCAACAGCCUGCGUGAUGAUGAUGACGAUGACGAUGAUGACGAGGACAUCAGCGCUGACAGAGAGACGUACUUCAGCUCCUCCAUGGGGUUCAAGCGCUCCUCGAGUCAAGACAACAACUUAUCCACUUUAACGUUAUGAAAAAGUUCAAAUGAAGUUUUGUUUGUGU